AUGGAUCCCACAAUGAACAAGCUCCUCAAAUGGAGCGUCCAAAACUCUCAACAGCAAAAUGCCGACGGCAGCGUCACGGCCCCUCCCAGCGCCGCCGAAGCCUCGCGCAAUCUCACCCCGGACAUGAUCAAUGCGCUGAUGGGCGGGCCCUCGGAUGCUGACCUGAUGAAAGCCGCCAUGGAAGUGCUGCACUCGGACGAGUCUGACCUGGAGAACAAGCUUAUUGCUUUUGACAACUUUGAACAACUCAUCGAGGGCAUCGAUAAUGCCAACAACCUCGAGCCUUUGGGCCUGUGGACUCCCCUGGUUCGGUUGCUCAAGCAUGAAGAGGCUGAGAUGCGCCGUAUGGCCGCGUGGUGUAUUGGGACCGCGGUGCAAAAUAAUGAAAAGGCUCAGGACAAGCUCGUCGUAUUGAAUGCGAUCCCAGAUCUGGUCUCCAUGGCCACCGCGGACCCCAACGCCGCGGCUCGGAAGAAGUCUGUUUACGCGCUUUCAUCUGCUGUGCGCAAUUACCAGCCCGCCAUGAACGAACUCGUCAAGUCUCUGCCGGAGGGCUACCCUACAGAGAAGACCGAUGCUGGUGACAUGGAAGCUGUCGAUACCAUCAUGGACAAGCUUCGAUCUCACCCUGUCGAGUCUGCUUGA